AUGGCCGUCUCCAACGCGAUUCAGGAUCUUUUUAGCAGCAUCUACGAGCUCCUCUCUUCCAUCUUCAACGCCUUCUACCACGUCCUGCAGACCAUCUUCAACACCAUCAUCGGCUUCUUCACCGGUCUCGUCAACCUCGUUACCGACGUCUUCCAAGGCGCAAUCGACGUCGUUGGCGGACUCGGCAAUUUCGUCAUCAUUGGCGUCAUCGCGGCCGGCGGCUAUGCCUACGUCCGGUACACCUCGCAAGGUCGACAGGUCGCUACCGGAAAGAAGACCGCCUAA